AUGGUCAAGUUCAUGCUACUUCAGUCCAGUCCAGUCGGUUCCAGUCAAGUCCAGGAUUUCAUACCUUGUCCUGAUCCAGAGUCUUGUUCCAGUUCGCAGCCUUGCUUCAAUCCAGGUCCAGGUUCCAAUGCAGAGUUCUUUCGGCCUCGGAUUUGGUUUUUGGUUUUUGGUUUUUCUUUUGGAACUUGCUUUUGGAAUUUUGCAUUGGACCCCUUCUUGGAAAUCGACUUGGCCUUGAGACUUGGAGGUACAGCCCAGAUUUUGGACUUUGAUAGAAAUGCGCCUUUACUUUUGACUAGUACUAGAACAGUACUUGAUAGUGUUUGGACAUUUGGACUUGGACUUAGACAAGACUUGGAAUCGGACUUGGACAUAUAA